AUGGCCACACAAGUGAGGCAAGUCAUCAGACAUCAGCCACCAGACUGGUUUACUCAACUCUACUCUCAGUCAACCAAUGCAGAAAAUCAGAGAUCAGCAUCGCAUCAAGUUCGCCAAGAAUCCCGAUUUCUGCGCAAUGAGACAGACAGUCAGACGAAAUGGGACCAGUAUUCUAAUGAUGUUCGGCUGGCUGACCGUGUUGACCAUAUUAGGAAAUGGAAGGAGAUUCUGGAGAGAACUCUCGGACAGUUAGAUCAGGAGAUUUCUGAUUUAUCUGAAGCCAAAGAAGAGACAGAGAAUGCACUGGAAGCCAUGAACCUGCCAACAGAUGUGGCCGUGGAGUGUCUGACAAUUCGCGAGGGACGUAGAAAUAUCGACCUUGUCCAGGAUGACCCUGAACAUCAACUGCAUAAGGAAGUGGAAGUCAUUGAGGGUAUCAAGAAAGCCCUGCAACAGAGAAUCUCAGACUCCUUUGAGCAGUUGUGUCUGCUGCAGGAGGCCAGGCAACAGAUCCAGGCAGACUUGCAGGACAAACACACAGCCAUGUCCAUCGACAUAGACCAGUACAACCUCUCGGAGAGGUCUCCCAACAUUAGCUUCAAGCCCAACCCCUUGCGUGUGCCCAAGGGGAGUACGACACCACAACAAUGGGAAGACUUCAGCCGCUAUAACAAAGAGCGGGCAGAUGCAGAGAUGAAAUCAUCCAACAGACUGCGAGAACAAAUCCACCAUACUCUUCACCAGACUUCAAAUGACCUUGAAGCUCAGAAACAAGCCACAGAAUACGCCUACAGAAAGAGGAUCCAUGAAUUUGAGCGAGCUAAGAACGAACUUGAGUGGCAGAAAAAAAAUACUGAAGACGAGAUCACAGAACUAGAGAAUGACAUACGUGGCAUUGAGGAAGCUAUCAGGAACAAAAUUAGACCUACCAAGAAGGCAGAGACUCGUCUAGAAAACAGAACCUAUCGCCCUAAUGUGGAACUGUGUCGGGAUGCUGCACAGUACGGCCUUGUGGAUGAGGUCAAGCAGUUGUACGCCAGCAAACACGCACUGGAGGAGAAGCUCAAACAGGCUCAACAUGCUCUGGAUGGCUUGUACAAGAAUCUGCAUCGCCUCAAUGAUGAUAUUGCACUCAAAACUCAAUCUCUACGUUUGGAUAACCAAUGUAUGGACAUACGUCAGAAGUUAGCUUCACCAGCUAAAACACAAAUUGAGAAUAAUCUCACCCUCACGGGGAUAGAAAGGAUGAAGUCUGCCAUUUUGGCUUAA